AUGGUUGAUAGCUAUAGCUCUUUCGAACAUUGCGCCAAGGGACAAUUUUCUUUCAGGGGCCCUGAAAGCCGGUAUAACUCCAUGUCGGAAGCAGUAUGGGACCCAGAAACCGUCUCCAGCACUUUCACUAGGCACCCUGCGUAUGACCGGAUUUUGUCUUGCCUGUCUCCUGCCUCACUGGUCUCCAUGGGGCGUGUCAGCCGUAUCACUCGGAGGGCUGUGCAAGACUACUCCAGCCGCGCUUUCAGCGUCAACCGUCUCCUUACCAGGUUUUUCUCUGACCCCGUUGCAUUUCGGUCCCUCCAAGCGCGCACCGCGACUCUGAUAUCUGGGUCUUUCGGCGUGCAAUUGUUUGACAGGUCAUUAUACUCGGAGUCCGAUCUGGAUCUCUACCCGCAUUCACAGCAUGUCCGCGAAGUGGGAGAGUGGUUGCGGCGUGAGGGGUACAUAUUUAUGCCCUCCUCCUUCCAACCCGAGUCAUUUCUUGAGGCAUCUGCCGCAGAUCCUAUCAUGACUGGAGUAAAUGGCGUUAAUCUUCUGCCUCUUGACCACUACUGGACAAAGAGCGUCGCAAACGUCUUCACCUUUCUGCGACCAUCGACCGACGCGUAUAAUCCGGAUCAGCCCGCGAAAGUCCAAAUCAUCAAAUCUAAGGAAUCGCCCUUUGAGUGCAUUCUCAAUUUUCAUUCCACUUGUGUCAUGAACAUUAUCACAUAUAAUGCUGCGAUAUCACUUUAUCCAUUUUCGACUUUCGAGAGAAGGGAGGCCCUCGUUAUUGGGGGGCACGAUCGACAAGCGUCUGCGUUGCGCAAGUAUGCAGAAAGAGGCUGGAGAAUGAUCGCACAUUCUUCUCCUCUCAUUGUCUUGUCGUCUCCAGACUCGGUCACCUUCGGGGAUCACUUUUUUGUCCAGAAAACGCGUUGGACAGAUGACAGGCAUAGUUGGGUCAUCCCUCUAGAUAUGGAUCAAGUAUCUGAGCCGACCCCGCUUUCACCGACUUCGAUGCCUCUCACAUGGGAUCCUGUCAUGCAAAAUAGCUGGACUCUCAACGCUGAUGAAUACAAACAUGGAGUCAUAUAUCAAGACAUAAUGUACUCAACAGCAAGAACCUCUGUGCUAUAUUACAACUAUACUGUGGCGGAUGAGAAGUACUUGGAGAUGCUCAUUUCAUUUUUCAGAAAUCAAGGGAAACUUGAGCACUCCAAACUUGGACCGGAAGGUUGGACGGCUGACACUCCACAGUUUUGGACAUGGUGGGAUUCUGUAGUCCCAUUGUUUCGACAGAAUUACUUGCGAAAGCUUCAAUGCGAGCCAGAGCCGUAG